AUGGCAGGACUAGGCAAGACAACUUUAGCCAAACGAGUGUACGAGCAUCCUGCUCUGAGAAACAACUUCAAUUUUCGGGCAUGGUGCAACGUUUCUCAGGAAUAUCAGAAUGAAGGUUUGUUACGUGAAAUUCUGGGUUGUAUUCAUCCUGAGAAUUCUAAGCUGUACUCUGAGAAGGAAGAAGGUGCUUUGGCUUUAGAGCUCAAACAAUCCCUAUUGAAAAAUAAGUACCUCAUCAUCUUGGAUGACGUAUGGGACAUAAAGGCAUGGAAUACCUUGAAAGUAUCAUUCCCAGAUGAUGAAAAUGGAAGCAGAAUUAUUAUAACAAGCAGAAUGCAUGGGGUGGCUUCAGAUGCUAAAUGCUACAGUGAACCUCACUGCCUUCGGCCAUUCAACGAUAAUGAGAGCCGGGAGUUACUAAAGAAAACACUCUUUCCCAACGAUGAUUUUCCUCCUAAACUGCGAAGAGUUGGGAUGCAGAUAGCUAAAAGCUGUGGUGGGCUACCUCUCUCAGUUGUCAUCACAGCUGGGAUUCUGCAAACUAUAGAACAGGAUGGUUGGCAGGAAUUUGCAGCAAGGCUAAGUACAAGUGUAGUUAGCGGCACAGAGCAGUGCAUCAAUAUGUUAGAACUCAGCUACAGGCGUAUACCUGAUUGCUUGAAGAAAUGCUUUCUUUAUUUUGGACCAUUUGUACGAGGUCAAGAAAUUCCAACUAAAAGGUUAAUGUGGCUAUGGAUCGCCGAAGGAUUUGUGCAACAAGUUGAGCAAGAGGAAUCAGAGGAAGUAGCAGAGCGCUGCAUGAAAGCAAAAGCUAAGGAAAAGGCUUACCCAAAAGGAGGUAAGGAAGAGACUGACCCAAAAAUAGCUGAGGCAGAGAAUUUUUUGCAGUUGCAGUUGUUACACGGUUAUGAAGGACUUUUUACUUUUAGUGAGUCAUACAACACAAGCAGUGUUGGAUUUGGGGGAAGUUCUCCUAGUGAACAUUUUCCCACUGAAAUAGAGGUGCUUGUUGAGUUAAGGUACUUGGCAAUUUGGGGUAAGAUGCAAUCCGUCCCAUCGUCAAUACCCAACCUCACCAAUUUGGAAACUUUUCUUGUUAAAAGGAAUUGGGGUGAUGAUGUUAUUAUGUUGCCAGAGAAUAUUUGGAGUAUGAUGAAUUUGAGGCAUCUGGGCGUGAGCAAUUGUUGUGGUGACAUGAGUCUGGCCAAAGACAAUCUUGACAACCCGUGGGUUCUAUGUAAUUUGAGCACCUUUUCCAAUCUAGCGCUCGUUUACGAGCAAGGCGUGGAAAAGCUGUUAACAAAGCUCCCUAACAUCCGUAGACUAAAGUGCAAGCUCCGUGAACCAGAAGAUUCAGAGGAUUUGGGUACGCAUUGCAGCAGGGUUGAGUCAAUGGGCUUUCUGACUCGGCUAAAAUCACUCAGUCUGUCUUUUAAAUUCAUUGAUCAUUCAAAUCCUAUUCAGUUUCACCUUCCACCGAAUCUCGAGAAGUUAAGCCUCUCGUACUUUCCCUGGAGUAUGAUUUCUGCAAUUGAGAAACUAACCAAUCUUGUGGUUCUCAAAUUAUCGAAUGAUGAGGAGGACAUAUCCGACAGAGAAGCAGAGCUCCCUCAUGAAAAUAUGACAGACGGUGACCAUGAGGAGGAAAUUCCGGAAGUGGUAGAAGAAGGGGAACAACCUGAGGAGGAAACAACAAGGGAGAAAAGAUGGGACGUAGCAGAAGAAGUUGAAUUUCCGAAGCUCAGAUUCUUAAAGUUAUCUUCCAUGACUAUUUCCAGGUGGACAGGGUCGGGUGAUCAUUUUCCAGGUCUUCAGAGAUUAAAGUUGGAGGACUGUUGGUAUUUGAAAGAAAUGCCGAACUGUUUGGGGUCUAAUUCACCUCUUCAAAUGAUUGAGAUUCGCUAUUGUCCGAUGUCUGUUGAAUUUUUAGUAUACGAGAUUGAGAGACAACAAAAGUAUGAAGGAAAUCAGGACCUGCAGAUUUUUAGACAACAAAAUUACGAAGGAAAUCAGGGCCUGGAGCAUGAAGGAGAUCAAGGCCUGCAUAUUUACAGCUUCUUGAGGUAG